AUGGCGGGGGUGAAUGGAGACCAUAAAGGAAAGAAAGAUGAAAAUGGAAUUGGAACAGCCAUUGACUUCGUGCUUUCCAAUGCCAAGCUUGUGCUAGGGGUAGGAGGAGCAGCCAUGCUUGGCAUUGCAACAUUAGCUGUUAAAAAAAUGUAUGACCGUGCAAUAAGUGCUCCGACCAGUCCCACCAAGAUGGAACAGACAGGAAAGAGAAGCUGGGAGGAGCCAGCCUGGAUGGGCUCGUCACCACGGGUACUUAACCAUGGCAUGAAGUCCACAGUUAGCAGGUCACUACAGUCUCUGCCCUCUGCCUCAGGUGCUUUUGAACCAGACAGCCUAUUUGGAGGAUUCUUGCUCUUCCUUUACAACUGUCUGCGGAGGACAGUGGGUCGAGUUGCUGUGGGAGGAAGGGGUUCCACUCAAUCAGACAUGCUGCAGGUCCGAAUGCGUCUAUCACUACAGGAACAUCUGUGGGAGUUCUACCAAAAUAAUGCCAACAUCCCUACUCAGGAGCAGGCCAUGGCCAGGAAGGCAGCACUGGACAUCUGUGCUGAGCUCAGAGUGUUUCUUCAUGCCAAACUACCUGACAUGCCACUCCGAGAGAUGUACCUUAGUGGCAGUCUGUAUGAUGACCUUCAAGUGGUGACAGCAGACCAUGCCCAGCUGAUGGUUCCUCUUAUCUUGGAGAAGAAUCUGUGGUCUUCCAUCCCUGGGGAGGACACCAUUAUGAAUGUUCCAGGUUUCUGGCUUGUCCGCAGGGAGAACUUGGAAUAUUUCCCACGGAAUAGCAGCUACUGGGACCGCUGCAUGGUCGGAGGUUACCUGUCCCCUAAAUCAGUCCUUGAGGUCUUUGAUAAGCUUGUGGCUGGCUCUAUCAACUGGCCAGCUAUAGGGAGUGUCCUGGACUAUAUCAUUCGUCCUGUGGUUCCUUCAGAAACACUGACCUUAGAGAUCCAGUAUGAGAUGGACCGGAAACUGUAUGUGGACUUCUUGCCUUUGCUUGUGAUGGAGGAUGGGACUUCACUGAUUGCCAAAUCACAUCGGCUUGCUGCAGAGCGCCAUGAAAACCUGUGGCGGCAGAGCUUUCGUGUGGCUGAUACGGCACGACUCAGGGCACUGGAUCAGGAGGAUGGAGGCUGCCGAUGCACCUGCCUAAAGGUGGCAAAGGCUGUGAGCAAGCUCAACCCUGCCCUUAACCAGCUUAAUGCCAGUCAGCUUACCAAUGCUAUCUUGUUGCUAAGUGAAAAAGAAGGUGACUGGACACAGGAAGCACUGGCUGACCGGUUCCUUCAGCUGCUACGAGCACUAGUUGGACACUUAGAGGCUGGGAGGCUGCCAUGUGCCCUUAACCCUAAAGUUAACUUAUUUUGUGAGCUGACAGAACAGGAAGUGGAUGAGCUGGGGUAUACCCUUUACUGUGCACUCUCAGAUCCUGAGAGCCUGCUGAGAACUGCAGUGGCACAGCCACCACAUCCCUGACAAACAACAUGGUAUUGAAAUGUCAACCCAACCAUUGUUUUAGUAGUCGAUGCUAAUCUUAAACUGCAAUAAAGUUCCUGGAAAAAGUAUCUGCAUGAAAUAAUCAUCUCUCAUGCGCGUAUAUUGUCUUGAUACAUCAUUCCUCUGUAUGAACAUCUGUGACAAAAUGUGAUGCACACAGUUUUAGAUCUGUUUGACUCUGAACAUGAAAGCUGUAUGUAUUGUGAUUAUCCAAAUAUUAUUUUAAUAUCAAAUGAAAGUGAAGGCCCAAGUUGGUUGCUGUUCCUAAAGCCAUUGUAACAAUGAAGCUAAGAGUAGGAAUGCCAUUGUGGUCCAGUAAAUUAUGAUGGCUAGAUUGGAUUCUGUAUUGGUUGUUCCAUGUGUAAAGGGAAGGAUGAGGCAAUGAAAUCUGCCAUAUUUGAGUUAUUUUUAACCAUUAGGAGAGUGUUAGGAAUGCAGACAUGUCUGAUACAGUUCAGAAUAGCCAUGAUUGUGGUGCUGACUGUUUCGAGAUGAGCUCAUUUCACUACAUCAAGGAAUAGAAUGUAAUGUUGAGUUGUAUGUACUCCAACCCAAAAGUUAAUAAAUUGUUAAUGUGUCUGAAGAACUCAACAUUCUUGAGUUACUAAACAAGUUGUUUCAUGCCUCUUUUGCUUUAAAAGUGCUUGAGUUUUAAUAUUUUCAAGAAAACUUCAUUAAUGUACUGACUGAAGUCACAAUGUAUGCUUUACAUGGGGUAUGUGAAAAACAUUCAGUGUGUGUUUGGAGUGUCUGUAGCUUGCAUGUGUCAUUUGUCUAGUAAUUAAACAGGUUAAUAUGCAAAGUUAUAUGUAGAUGUCUAUUUUUAAUCCCAUACCAUUGACAUUAAUCUAAAAGUGAAACAUGCAUCCCUAAAUGGAAUAUACUAUGAUAUAUGGAAACUUGAAAUGGCUGAUAUGUUGCAGGCUGAUGAAGUACCAGCAGAAAAGCACCAUCAUUUUGGUAUGACUAGAAAAUGCAUCCAUUUGAUUCUUAGAUGCAGAGCUGUUUGGUUUGCUGUUAUGAAAAGGAAAUUUCUUUUCCAGACUCACAUUUGUUGCUUUGAUACACAGGUCUGAUAUGCUUUCUUAAAUAAUCAUUAUUUUCUAAGUCAUUCAUCAUAGGUUAUUUGGCACUAUAAAAUGUGAAAUAUUCUCUAGAUCUGGAACAGUCAGCCAGAAUCUUUCAGCAGGAUAUUUUAAAGCACUGUUGCCUCCUGCCCUUGUUUUACUUUCCUAUUUGAAUUAUCUUUGGCUUAAAGCAUUACUUGGUGAAAAAUGAAUCCAAUAUAAGUGGCAUAUAAGUGACUGAAUUAGAUUUUUGUAGCAAGGGAGUUCUUUUGGCUGGACACUUUUUCAGCUACUGUCACACUGCAGUUUGUAAAAUCCGUCAUUAUCAACAAUGCACUGCUUUGCUAACCUGUAAAAGCUUAUUUUAGUGUAUUGAUCUCAGUAUUAAGGAUGGAGGAUUGAGGAUGGAGCCAGUUGUCUCUAGCACAGUAUUUGUGUGCACACUUUAAGUCCCCACAUUAAACUCUGAUUAACUUAAA